UGUGAAUGUAAUUUUUAAAGAAGAAACCGUAGCAUUUUAGAUUCCCACUGGUGUGGAUUUUUCUCACAGUAGGUGGAAGGAUGGCAUGGAAAUGGAAGUACUCCCCCAAGGAACAGCUGGAGGACAUGAGCAGCCUGCACCCAGGGCUCACAGGGCUGCAGAACCUGGAGAACACGUGCUACAUGAACGCGGUGCUGCAGUGCCUCUGCAGCCUCUCCCCGCUCGUGCAGUAUUUCCUCUCAGGGAAGUGGAACCCAGCCCUGCACCAGGAGAUCGGAGAGUCUGCGACUGCCUUUGGCUGUCUGGUGUCUGACAUGUGGCUUGGAGAGUUUGACUUUGUUUCCCCUGAGGCUUUUCACUCUGUCUUUGGGAAGCGGCACCCAGCUUUUAGCAGCAAGACUCAGCAUGAUGCUCAGGAGUUCCUCAUCUGUGUGCUGGAUGACCUCCAUGAGGCUUUCAAGCAGCCAAGCCAAGAAAGAUGGAGCUCUGCUGCAGGAGCAAGCACAAGGAGUAGCAGUGGCACAUCUAUUAUAACACACUUAUUUGAGGGACAGCUCAGUUAUGCCAUCAGGUGUCUGACAUGCAAAGCCCUCAGUGACAAACCCGAGAGCUUCACCGUCCUCUCCCUGCCCAUCCCUUCCACCAGAGUGUGCUCUCUGCAGGACUGCCUGGAAUGCUUUUUUCAGCCAGACACACUGACUCGGAACAACCAAAUCUACUGCCACUGGUGUGGAAGCAACCAAGAUGCAACAGUAACAGCCUCCAUAACCAAGGCACCACAGAUCAUCAUUUUUCAUCUAAAGAGGUUUGCCUGGCAGGACAAGAACAGAAGGAAACUCUCAACCACUGUCUGCUAUCCGUUCAGCGAUCUGGAUCUCUCUCCCUACAUCUCCACAUCGUGUAACAACAAUACAGAGUACAGCUUGUGUGCUGUAGUGGUAAGCUUUGCCCUUCCUGCUUUUAUUGGGAAUGCCCUGGCUCAUGGAGCAGAUGAAGCCUGUGUUGGUUUGGACUGAAUGUAUAAUGAAUUAUAAUUUAAUGUAUGUUUUGUUGUACACUUUUUUCUACCAGCCGUGGACAUAAUCCAGUAACAGUACAUAACUGAAGGACAGAGACAUUAUUUCUCCUUCUUCCCCAACAUCCCAGUUUUAAAAGAAUGCUCUCCUGGCACAUAA